UCUCAUUUUGAUUUGCCAAUGAACUGUUUGUUAAUCUGGAGAAGUGAGAAUGAGCAAACACAUUAGCCAGAUCUAGAGUAAUUAUUAUUGUGUGUGAUCUCAUGAGUAGCACAUUGAAGGCUAUGAUUUCUCAAUCUAUAAAAGGUUCACUGUGGCAUUUCCAUGACCUUAAUUCUUAUUUUUUUGGUACCGAGGAUUGAACUCAGGUCCUUACUCUUGCACAGCAGGCAGCCAAACCACUGAGCUAAAUCCCUGGCCCCCCAUGACCUUAAUUCUUAACCCUGGCUGCUCUUUAGAAUCCUCUAGGCCUAAGCUUUGAACAAAUGCUUAUGUCUGAAUCCUCCUCCAGCCAAUUAAAUCAAAACCUACAGUGUUGGGUCCUGGGCUUCUACUUAUUUUCACAGCUCUCAGGGUGGCCCCAGGGUCCACCAGCAGGAGCGCCACUGCUCUGUGACAUAUGAGAAGCUGUUGAGUCACCUGCUAUUGUUGACAUCACAAGCACUCUGUGUUCUUUUCCACACACUUGGAGACUAGGUUUUUAGAGGAAAUGGACACCUGGCACUGUCCUUUUAUCCCUUGUUCCCACUUCUUAAAACCACCAUCAUUAAGAAUCAUUAAUUUUUUUAUAUCACAGUAGUAGACAAAUAAUUUUACCAAGUGCUUUCCUACCAUAAUUAUAAAGCAGUAUAUCUUGUAGAGCACUGACCAGAAGUUAUCUCACUUACAAAUUUGCUUGUUAAAAAUUUGGGUGUGUGGAGCGGGGGGAGGGUAGUAUUUAUGGAAUUUUGUGAUAUGUUGCUUGGCAACAAUACCUGAGACAGUUAAGCUUCUGCACUCUGAACUGUCAGAGUUACAAGGCCUGGUGAGCCCAGUGGAUGGCUUCCUGCUAACAGAAGGAAAUGAGUUCUUCAUUAUGCAGAGGGUUUGAAAAUUUGUACUUCAGAGCAUACCAUCCAUAGCUAUGUCACAAUUCUUGUUCUUGACUCUGCAAAUUCUUCUGCCCUUUAGCCCUCUUACUUCUCAAGAGCUUGAUCUGAUCAGAUACAACGCCCGGGCAUCUUGGCAGAAUGAAACACAAUGGUCCAAUUCUUCAGUGACAACAUACUCAGGCAGUUACUGAGAAAAACAACUGGAUGAGUCCACCUGCAGCCGCUUCACUUUUAGAGCAGGACAGCAUGCGCCUGGGUGUAAACGGAUGGUAUUGUCAAACAGCUCUACCCACAAUCCUCUGCUCUGCAGGGCUGGUACCCAAGAGACUAAAGAUGUCAAAGUCCCUGAUAUAACCGGGUCCUUGAAAACUCCACUUGAUGUCAAGCACAGAGUGGCACACCAGAUUUGGUAUUCUGCUGAUUUUCCUCCUGCAUUUCCAAAUUAUAAAAAUUCAUGUGUGAGAUCUAAACAGCCAGCGUCAGAGGCCCUGGUGAACCACAGAUGUGUGGGAAAAAACUUCCCAAAGCAUUUUCAGGGACAAUGGGAUUCUAUAAGUAAAGUCGGUUCAUCCGAAGACUCAGAAGCCGAUCAAUAUUCCGAUUAUGGUCGGGGAGGACUGUUAUCGUUACUUUCCUGACUUGGAAAACGAAGCCACCGCCUGGAGGCCCAGAGUUUGCCUGAUAAACGACUGUGAGGAUCCAACACCUGGCUCUGCCUCCUUCUCAGGAGUGAAGGAUCCUCAGGAGGAGGAGAUUGAGUGCAUAGUGGAGACUACAGUGAUGGCAGCACUCAUGACAAUGCACUAAUUAUAGUGCACACCUCUUGUUCCCCAGCUCACAAAUGCACCUUCUUACUGCAGCCUUGCUAUGCCAACCAGCUGUAGAGAAGUAUAAUUGACAGCAUCUCACUUUGGCUGUACCAAGUCCCUCAUGCAGUCUGCACCAUGGCUUCUCUGCCACCUGGAAGUGUAAGAGAGUGAACACCUCUGGGUUGACUCCACCCUCUUUCUUCUGUCUCUCAGGCUGUCUAUUGUGAGGUUUACACAGCUCCUCCCCAGGGCCCUGGAAAUGUUUCAUCUCAGUUGUCUACAGCAACAACUAGCUCACCAGUGCACCUGGGAUUGGCUUUCCUUUCUUACGUGUUCCGCUCUUACUGGUUUCUCACUUUUAAUCCUAGGAUUGAUUUCUAAAAUAAAUGAUUGAACAUAAGCCCUGUUCUAUGGUCUCUGUUUUUAGCAAGAGCUCAGAGAAUAGAUAGAUAAAGAUUGAUAGAUGAUAGAUG